AUGAGUACAUUUUCAGUUGUCGAGUUUUUGGGUGAGGAAUCUGUUGAGGCAGUUCCAAGCAUGUGGAUUGAAAAGUUGAGUGAUGUAAGUGGUGAGAAAUUGAGUGAAAUACUUUUUCAAGUAGCAGUAUCCAUAAUUUCUUCAAUGGGUUCAUCUUCUGGAUCUCACCUGUCUGGAAAUCCCAGGAACCCAAGUUAUAGACCUCUAUCUGGUGCGCAGGAAAAUACUUCAUGUUCAUCAGAAAAUAUGUUGCCAGAGUCUGUUGAAUCCAAUCCUGGUUACCUGAAUGCCCUACAGACUGCCUUCUUGCCAGAUUUUAAUGGUAAGUAGAAAACAUUAAUUAGAUGAUGCAAGUUCAUAGAGAAAUGAUAAUUGAUUUGUACUAAAAAUGAAAGGCCGUUGAGGCCGACUCACGAAUGAGAUAAAAUGAAAGUGACGGAAAGAAUUAGAGCAGUUUGCAGUUGUUUUUGCAAAUGGGAACCGUGCGAAUUUUGCCAUUUGUCGUGCUUUUUUGCCAAAUCAAAAGAACGAACGUGUGAUCCAGCCGGAUUUUCGGUUCUGAAAGGCCCGAUAGGUUUGCAGGCAAACAGUGCACGCAAAGCAGGCUGGUCAUUUCCCAUUGUUUAACUGCCCCACACUAAAGUAACCACAAAGACCCGCGGAUGUUGCUUUGCAACAACCGUGAGUCAAUGAACGAUUUUUGUUUAAUGUAGACAUACAAGAAUUGUUGCAAAUCGAAUCUGGAAUGAAUGUACCAGUGCAAGGAAAUGAAUCGUCAGGUAUGUAGUUGAUAUAUCAUUAAUUGUACAGGACUAUUGGUGGGUUAUUCUUGCGUUCAUAAUGUUUAAUGCAAACAACCUCUCCUUGGUGACUCGCAUGCCUAAGAAAUAAAGGUUUGUGUGAAUAGUCUUAACCCAAAUGCAUAUGAAAUUCAUACCUGGCGAUAGGUAAAACUGGCGAAUUGUGCAUUUAUACUUUUUUGGUGUUUUUCCAGCAAGCCAAAGAGUUCCAAACACUCCAAUAACUACACUACCAGGAAGAACGUCUUUACCAAUAAGACAAGAGCAACAAGAGAGUAAGUAACUUGAAAAUAUAGUGUAUGUAAUGGUCUAAUGGAAUAGUUUCUCUCUAAACGACCCUCUAGUUGAUCAUAUGGGAUAGGUCUAUUGAAAUAUUGCCAUUUUUUUUUUUCGAAAAUAUUGCCAUGCAAUAUUUAUCAAAACUACAUCACAUAUAGAUAGAAUGUUCUUGUUGGGAAUUCGUGAGUUUGUAAAUUUUAUAGUAAAUAGUAAAGAAUCUCCUGAAUAUAGUGCAUGUGCAGUGGACCUUUAACCUUAUAACUAAAAUUUUGAUCUAGACAAAAAUUUCAUCACAUCUUGAAAGAGCAUCACAAAAUUAGUAAUAUUCCAAAGUUUCGUUACGAAAUGUUGUAAAAUGCGGAUAAUAUAGCCCAGCGACGUUUGCUGUUUUUCAGUAAUUUUGUAUUACAAACGGGAAAUUGAUACCCCAACGCCCGAUUGGGGUAUCAAUUUCCCGUUUGUACUACAAAAUUACUGAAAAUUGCAAAUUUCGCAGGGCUAUAUUAUACGCAUUUUACAACAUUUCGUAACGAAACUUUGGAAUAUUACUAAUUUUGUGAUGCUCUUUCAAGCUGUGAUGAAAUUGUUGUCUAGAUCAAAAUUUUAGUUAUAAGGUUAAAGGUCCAUUGUGUGGAGGUUUACCUUGUUACUAAUUUAUCUUCCAAUGCAAUUCAUAGACUUUCAAAGGACUGUACUUACGAAGUUAGAAACGAUAAUCCAAAAGCAAGAGGAUGGGCUUUCUAUGCUGCGAAUGUUGCUAGGUGCAACAAAAGUCGACGGAAAUGACAUCCUCGAAGAUGUGUUGCCGCAACCUCUCGAUACCGCGGAGGCUUUGAAAGAGUUGAAUACUCGUCUUGAGGAUGAUCAGUACAGAAGAAAAAUGGUAAUUAUAUGCAUGUACUUAAUUUUGUUGUACAAAAACAAGCAUUUGCGAGUUGUUUUACUUGUUUACUCUAUCAGCCGCAAAAAUUCACUAAAAUAGUUUUAAUUCUGAAACUGUGUCUGUCUCUUUGAAACCUGAACCACAACCUUUAUAAAACUUUUUGAUGAACGAACUUUUGAUAGACAAAAUGUUUUGAAACGUAGCUGUACGCCUGACGGAGCUCGCAAUUUGUGCUAGAAUUAUUUCCUUAUUAAGUUUUUGUAGGUUUGCAUGGCGGUAAAACAUAUAGCUAAUAAUUUUUGUUUGCGGAAACACCACGUAAAUUUAUUACUGCAAAGGUUUCGAUCCGUAAGCAUGGAUCUUCAUCAGGACUAAUAAUAUGUUAUUCAUAUUAUUAGCACUGAUGAAGAUCCGGGCUUACGGAUCGAAGCUUUGCAGUAAUAAAUUUACGUAGUGUUUCCACAAACAAAAAGUCUUAUAAUUAUUUCCUUGUUUAUCAGGUGAACUUCAUGGCUGCGGUAUGUGGCCACAGUCUUCCAGAAAGUGUACGGAGAAUCAUGGCAAAACUGGGAACCAAUAAGCUGUGGUCUGUGUACAGUUUGAAAGGAAGGAAAGGCAAAAGUUCUUUCAGAGACCUUGCCAUUUGCAAAUUAGUAAUAAGUAAGUAGCUCAACAAGUAUUUCGAGAGAUUAUAUAACUGUUAAUUAACUAAAUUAACAUUUGUGUUAAAAUAGGUUUAAUACCAAUUUGCCCAUGUAAAGUAUGAAUUUUCUUGCAAGCAUACAUGUUCUUCGUAAAGCUUCGGAUAAAUGAGCAAUAUUUUUGCUGCGAUGGUUAUGCAACGGUUGAAAAGGUAUUGCAUUGCUAUCGCACAAGGUAGUUACCCCUGCAAUAUUUUGGGCAACGUAGAACUAAAAGACUAAAUGGCAGCAAGUGACUACAUUUUUUACAGUGCUUUUCAUUGGCUGGCCAAGAAACGUGUCAAUCAUAAACCUUGACCACGCCUCUUAAUUGCUGGCGAUCGUUGCCCAAAAUCAAAAGAUUUGAACUUUCGGCAACGAUUGCAUGAAACUGCAUUGUCGUCGCAGAGGAUCAUACACGAGCAAUUUACCUUUCGUGACGGUAAUGCAACCAUUUUCUCAUUGCAUUGCCGUCGCCUGAGAAAUGCCCGUGUAUCCGUAUCUUAACGAAUAAGGAUUUCACUGGCAGCUAUCUUGUUUUCCCCCGUAUUAUAUCACAGUCUUUAUUUUACCAGGGUCCUGCAUUAGAGCGCACAAGAAUUUAAGCGAAGUCGAUGUCGAGGAACAAAUUGGCGAAGUUCUGAAACAUGCACCGCACAGAUCAGGAGGUGCAAAGUACAAGGUAACUAUAACAACUGCUAAUCCGCUCUUUACCGGGCACUGUUGACUUAAAGCAACUUUUCUUACUUGUCUAACUCCCGACAAGUUUACUUGUCAAAGGGAGACCCACAGAGAUUUGCCCUUUCUUAACGGUAAAUUACACAUGAGUGAUUUACUCCUUUAGUCUGUCUAACUCCGGACGAAUUAACUCGUGAAUAGGAAGACGCACAGAAACCUGCCCUUUCUUAAUUGAAAAUUGCUCACGAUUUCUCCAAUUUGUAAAAUCAUGUGAUUUUGGACACUGUAAAAUGCUAAAAUUGGUGUAGAUCGUGUACGAAAAAAUAUUUAUGAAAUACCCCUCCAAUACUUGUAUAUAUGUAUAAUAAUAUAUGUUUAUGCCGCAUACUGACUUGUUCCGUUUUGUUUUAGAAUCGAGAAGUUGUUCCAGAAUAA